AUGACGCGUAAAUUACCGUGGAAAAGGGUCGAAUUAGGCUCGACUAGCACUCCAAGAUCACCAACGUCGACUCCUAUUAGGCAGCAAAAAGCAAAGCGCGAGAAUAUUGACGAUGACGAUAAGCAAGCCGCAGCUUCACCUACUCCUGCUAAAAGGGUGAAGAGCUCCCACUCUGUACCUACGUCCCCAGCACCUGAACAUACACCUCAACCUGAAUCGUCGCCACCUUCUCUAAAACCACUACCCGAAAGCUAUAUGAUUGAAGGUCUUGACAAUGACGACUUAUAUCGCAUGGUAGAGGAUGAAUUCUUAUCAACGGCCCAGCAAUUCACCGCUCACCUCCAUGCUGCUGAGUAUCACCGUCUAAAAGCUGCAUCUAAGUCGCAAAAUGCGGAUACGAUUAGGGACAUCUCGAGACCAGUAGUCGGGCGGAUGACCGACCUAGUCAAGCAGAAGCAAGAACGCAAGGCUCGUCUCGAAAAGCAGAAAGCAGCGACUAGAAAGGCGAGAGCUGACAGAAGUCGAAAUGAUGACUCUACCGCGAGUGAAAGUGACUUGUGGCGUUCCGCGUCUUUGCACGGACUCAUGGAGAGCCCAAGAAAGAAAGCGGCACGCCUUGAUAAGUUGACCAAGGUGGCGACUACGACUCGUGCUGCCGCUGGGUUUGGCAUAGCCAAGUCCGGACAGUUAUCUACCGCAUCUCAUCCAAUUCGUAAAGAUCUUACCGAUAGUAGACCUAUACCUAAAUCGACGCCGCAGCAGGAUAGUGAAACAGAAAGUGACGACGAUGAAGACCUAGAUGGCCCUUCUACUAAGAUGCCUACAAAUUCAGUUAAGAAACUCCCACCAUCUACGUCUCACCCCCCAAAGCCAAGGGAAGUCCCAAGUACUACAAGUAGCAACCACCCCCUACGCCGUUCAGAGAAAAUCCACCCCAUCAUCCAGCAACCAGAAGCCAAGGCCAAGACCACUACAGAGGCCACAUCCUCAUCCUCCUCCUCCGAGGCCGACAGCAGCGGUGACUUCCUAAGCCGCCUCAAGCGACGCCAAGAAGACCGCAAGCGCAACCGGGAGCAAAGAAAACAAGCAGCAUCAAGCAAGGCACAGUCAACAACAGAUGAUAUCAUUCCAGGCUUUCUCUAA